AUGUCUCAACAGGCGCUCGAGGGAUUGCGCAUGCAGUUCGAGAAGGAGAUUGGGGUUUUCAAACAGCUCGAAAAAGAUCGGGAAAAGUACAUCGAAAACCGACAAAAGCUGGAGGGCCAAUUUACUGAAAACACGAUGGUGAAGCAGGAGUUGGAUCUGUUGGAGGAAGAUUCGAAAGUUUUCAAAUUGAUAGGAGCCGUUUUAGUCAAGGUUGAUUUAACUGAAGCAAGGAGUCAAGUCGAGAAGCGAUUGGAAUACAUUCAAGGAGAAACCAAACGCGUCGAAGACCAAAUGAACGACAGCAACGACAAGAAGAAGGUGAUGGAACAGAAGCUGACCCGAAUCCAAGAAGACAUGCAGAAGAUCCUCCAGUCGGGCAAGAAG